AUGGAUGCACAAAUAUAUUUAGCCGACGAUUUUGACAUCUCAAAACUUACGGUGCCCAACCUAAGAUCAGUGUUGGUUGAGCAUGAAGUACCAUUCCCUUCAAAUGCAAACAAACAAGAGCUGAUCAACAUCUUCAACAAACAUAUUAAACCAAGAGCUUUGCAAAUACUAAAAAAGUAUCAAACGGAACCAUCAUCUGAAGAAAUCUGUGAAGCUGUACACGAGGAUAAGCAUGGUGCAGAUUCCUCAAAAUCAGAAAAAAGCAUACCAUCAAAGCGCCAUUCUGAAGCGACGUCGAAGAAGGCUAAAAAGAAAAUAAGAAAGACUAAUACUGAAUUGCUAGAUUCCAGCUCUUCAUUUUUAGGGAUCGAAAAAUUUGAACCUAAUGAAAAUGACGAUAUCUUCAAUAAUUCCAUCGACACAUCUACAAUUCUAAGGAAAACCAGAUUUGCAGAUAAGAAACCUGCCUCGACCAAGGACAUCCUUUCUCACUUUGAUAAAUCUAUCCCCUCUAGUAAAAGUUUCAACGAUAGCGUGUCUUCUGACUCCAAAACGAGAUCUCAUUCACCCGUAGAACGAAAAGAUGAGUUAAAUAUAAUAGAAAAAGUGAAAGAGUCAAGGAGAGAGGCGGAAAAUAACAUCCACAAUUCACAAGGAAAUGAAUUCCUACUUAUUGAAGACGUUGAGACUGAAUUUGGUGAUGAUCUGGUAGAAGAAGGCGAAUUAAGAGAAGAAGUUCCUUUAACUAUCAACUUCCCAGGUGAAAGUGAGGUCAAUCCCCACAAGAUUCUUGAAGGUCCAAUUAAGAGCAUAAAAGAAGUCGUUUCUGUCAAUAAUAACGAAAGCUUGGAGAAAGUUAAAGAAGAAGUGUUAACCGAAGGUAAUAAGUUGGUGUCCACCAUUCAAGUUGAACCUCUGGGCUCACCUGAAACGAAUAAUUCGAGUUCUGAUAAAAACUUGACCACAAUUGAUAUAAAUGAAGAAGCGAGUAAUAAAAAGAAUGCUGACUCAAACCAGACCACUCAAAGUGAAUGGAAGGAUAAGCACGUUGUGAAUGAACAUGGAAGAGGUGAGGAAGUAGAGAAACUUGAAACUAUCCAGACAGUUGGUAAUAUCAAUAAUGGUUAUAGAACGAACAGAAUUCCCAUUUUGUUGUUGAUACUUUUUUAUGGGAUUACGGUUGUUAAUUUGCUGAUUCCUACUUUACUUUUAUUGUGCUUUAGAGAAAUUAAGUUGAAUACUGGCUACUGCGGGUUUGACAAACCUUCUAAAACUUUAGACUUAUGGGGUAAACUCCCUGAUGCAUACACAUCUAAGUUGCUAAACCUGAAACCUUACUUUGUGCAGGUUGAAACAUUGAUAAGUGAUUCAGUUCAUUUUCAGUGCAGUGAGUGUCCCCCUAAUUCAAAAUGCCAAUUUAAUACUUUACAAUGCGACUAUGGCUAUGUGAAGACUUAUCCACUAAAAUCUGUAUUUGGCCUGAUCCCAUUACAAGAAACCUGUGAAUUUGAUUUUUUGCACGAGCAAAAGAUGCACUAUCUAUCAGAAUAUACUAUAAAGUAUUUACGUCGCCACCACGACCAACCCCUUACGUUGGAGGAAUUGCAUGAUUAUAUCAAGUCUACAAAAUCGUCUUAUAUUUCAUCUUCAGAUUUUGAGGAAUAUUGGGACAAGUUUGUCAAAUAUGAACUUUUACAUGAUGAACAAGUCACUAUUGAUGCUCAAACUAAUGUGGUGACGUUAACACAUAAAGUGCCAUCCGAGUUUUACACUAGAACGUAUGGGGUUGACCGCAAAAAGAGAUCCAAAAAUCUAUUUAAAAAACACACACCAACAGUGGAUUUUAGAGACUACUAUACAAAAAACUAA